GUUUGAGCCUCUUCGGCCGCCGUGGGAGGUUGGAGACUGAGCUAAAUUAGCUGGAGAGAGUUAAUGACAGUUUCAUUGUCAUUUCAUGUUAACGCCUUUUGUUGUUGUAGAUUAACAGUCGGCAAACGCUGUCGCUUUUUUUCCGCCUCUUAAUCAUCUGCUGGAGACCAAAGCAGUUAAUCAGCGAACACUUUUGUUUUAUUGAUCAGUAAAUUAUCUGGACUGUGCCGCGUUCAAAGGGCGAUGCUGUCAGUGUGUGUCAGGUCAGCUCUCAAUACAUACAGGGGCUUGUGGCUGCCUGCUCAGGCUGCAGUCAGAGCCAUGUCGUCCUCUGGUGGUCCCACGUCUCCGUACACCUCUCUGGCCAUCAGCCGCCCCGCUGAGUCCAUCACACAUGUGGAGCUUCACCGUCCCGAGAAACGCAACUCCAUGAACAAGGCGUUCUGGAGGGAGAUGGUGGAGUGUUUCACUGAGAUCUCUGAGGAUCCAGACUGCAGAGUGGUGGUGGUUUCUGGAGCAGGAAAGAUCUUCACAGCUGGUAUCGACCUCACGGACGUUGCCAGCGACGUCCUCCAGUCUGGUGGCGACGACAUGGGCAGAACUUCAUGGAACAUCAGAAAUACACUCCUCAAGUACCAGGACACGUUCUCCGUCAUAGAGAAGUGUCCAAAGCCUGUCUUGGUGGCUGUCCAUGGAGCCUGUAUUGGAGGAGGUGUUGAUCUGAUCACAGCCUGCGACAUUCGUCUGUGCACUCAGGACGCCUGGUUCCAGGUUAAGGAAGUUGAUAUUGGAAUGGCAGCAGAUGUUGGAACUCUCCAGAGACUUCCUAAAGUCAUCGGCAGCCGCAGCCUAGUGAACGAGCUGGCUUUGACUGCCAGGAAGAUGUACGCUGAUGAAGCUAAGAGCAGCGGACUGGUCAGCCGGGUGUUUGCAGAUAAGGAGACCAUGAUGGCAGGAGCCAUGGAGCUGGCUGGAGAGAUCGCUGCUCGCAGCCCGUUAGCCGUUCAGGGCACCAAAAUAAACCUGAUCUACUCCAGAGACCACAGCGUGGCUGAAGGACUGGAGCGCAUGGCCGUGUGGAACAUGAGCAUGCUCCAGUCCCAAGACGUGAUGAAAUCAGCUAUGGCCGCCAUGGAGAAGAAGAGCCCCAAAGAGGUGGUUUUCUCCAAACUGUAAAGAGGCCAAGUUCAGAUUCAACACAAAAGCUGCCGUUUUAAUCCCACGCCGUGGCCUUUAAUGGGGAACAAAGUGAGAUUUUCUGUCUAGACUGAGCUCAUAACACCAAAAACUGAAGCUUUCUAGUAAUCUGUGAUGUGAGGUGGAGAUGAUCAUUAGUGGGUGGAAAACCUUUUAAACAGCGUUUUCAUGUGUGCAAUCCAACAUUAACCUCAUAUGAGCUGUAAUAAUAGAAGUGAAUGAUGGCAACAUACCAGCUAACACAAUCUAAAAACAAGAUGUGACUGUUAGUUUCUCAGCUCAUCGCCAUAAAACAUGAACAGCCUCUUUUGUAAAUCUGUUUUCCUAUUAAAGAAACUCAUCUGAAAGUUAAA